AAAUAGAAACUUUUUUAAACAAAUCAGACUGACAGAGAAAAGUGUCUUUGUGGAAGGACAGCACAGGAAACUCCAAAAAUCCAAACAGUAAACGUUAGACCAAAGCAUUUGCAUUCGUUUGGUAAAACCUUCGUCUGGAUUCGUUUAUUUCCGGAAAGCUCUCGGAAGGCGCCGCCGCAGCUGCUACUUCCGCCUUCAGUCGCUUCUCCAGAGACUUCAAAAUGACGGCCACUUUGCGUCCUUAUCUGAAUGCUGUGCGUGCCACGCUGCAGGCGGCGCUCUGCCUGGAGAAUUUCUCCUCGCAGGUCGUGGAAAGACACAACAAGCCAGAGGUGGAAGUCAGGAGCAGCAAAGAGUUGCUCCUUCAACCUGUCGUCAUCAGCCGUAAUGACAAGGAGAAGGUUUUAAUUGAAGGCUCCAUCAACUCUGUUAGGGUCAGCAUCGCUGUCAAGCAGGCGGAUGAGAUCGAGAAGAUUCUGUGCCACAAGUUCAUGCGAUUUAUGAUGAUGAGAGCGGAGAACUUCUUCAUCCUGAGGAGGAAACCAGUGGAGGGUUACGACAUCAGUUUUCUCAUCACCAACUUCCACACAGAGCAGAUGUACAAGCACAAACUGGUGGAUUUCGUCAUUCAUUUCAUGGAAGAAAUUGACAAAGAGAUCAGUGAAAUGAAGCUGUCCGUCAAUGCGAGGGCCCGCAUCGUCGCCGAGGAGUUCCUGAAGAAUUUCUGAGAGGAAAUCCUGCACCACAUUCCUGUCGAGCUCUUGUCGGUCACAGAGGAGGCUUUGGAUCCCAAACCAGAUCAGUGCCAAUGUGAUCAGUCAAGAGAAGAAUCAGAGGACGUACAGUAAGACUGUAAAGGAGGAAAAACUCCUGUGCUCCAAAUAUUGAUGGCUUUACGUGACGAAUGUUCACCGCAAACUUCAUUCCUGCCUCUGGGACGUUCGGGGCUUUAGAAGGAAAAUGGUUUGAAUAUUCUAGAGCACAAAUAUUUAACGUAAAAAAAAAAAGAACAUAUAUGAACAUGUAUAUAUUAUAUGCAUAUUAAAGUCCUUUUUUUGCUAUGUUUUGUUACCAUGAACCUCAAAUCACGAAGGCAAUCAGUGACGCGUUUUAGUUGGCCGGGACAUGCGUUCAGUUUGGUUGUUUGCUGGAAUUGAAGACGAUGAAAAUAAAAAGUGACACUCUGA